UGUGGAAAACAAGCCCAUAUUCCCAGCAGCGAAACUGCGAGGAUGUGGACUGUCGGUCCCUUCCUGUUUUACGGCCACUGUCGCUCUGUGGGGCAGAAAGACGGCAGCUCCAAAGGCGAACAUGUCUGGAUCCACGCUGGGUUCGUCCCCCACGCGGACUGCUGUCCUCGGAGCCGAGUGUUUUAUUAGCGCGUAGAGCUCGCUGCUAACCUAGCCAGCGAGGCCUGUUUAUUGCCGAGCUCUCCCUGGCUGUCAAUGCGUGUCCUCUCGGGCUCAUGGCGGAAACCAAAAUCAUUUAUCACAUAGACGAGGAGGAGACUCCCUAUCUGGUCAAACUGGCCGUUUCUCCAGACAAAGUCACCUUAGCCGAUUUCAAAAAUGUCCUCAAUAAUCGUCCCGUCCACAGCUACAAAUUCUUCUUCAAAUCCAUGGACCAGGAUUUCGGGGUCGUCAAAGAAGAGAUUUCCGAUGACAACGCCAGGCUUCCUUGCUUUAACGGGAGAGUGGUGUCCUGGUUAGUGCUUGCAGAGAACGCUCACUCUGAUGGAGGAUCUCAGUGCACAGAGAGCCACCCAGAGCUCCCACCUCCUCUUGAGAGAACAGGCGGGAUUGGUGACUCCCGGCCCCCGUCUUUCCAUGCCAACGCGGUGAGCAGUCGUGAUGGCCUCGACACGGAGACAGGCACAGAGUCUCUCCUCAGCCACCGCCGGGAACGUGAAAGAGAGCGCACUCGGAGGAGAGCUCGUGAAACUGAAAUCCCUAGAAUCAACGGUUACUCUAAAUCGGAGCGCACAGCAAGGGACUCGGCCAUGGGUUAUGACAGCACCUCGAUGAUGAGCAGCGAGCUGGAAUCCAGCUCGUUUGUUGACAGCGAGGAAGACGAAGACGCAAGCAGGCUCAGUAACUCUACCGAACACAGUACUUCCUCCCAGUUGAUGCGCAGGCACAAGCUACGCCGGCGGAGGCAUAAAGUGGCUAAAAUAGAUCGGUCUUCAUCCUUUAGCAGUAUCACAGACUCAACCAUGAGCCUCAACAUCAUCACUGUUACACUUAACAUGGAGAAGUACAACUUUCUUGGCAUCAGUAUUGUUGGUCAGAGUAACGACCGUGGUGACGGCGGAAUCUACAUUGGCUCCAUCAUGAAGGGUGGAGCUGUGGCUGCUGAUGGCAGAAUAGAACCUGGAGACAUGCUCCUCCAGGUGAAUGACGUAAACUUUGAAAACAUGAGCAACGACGAUGCUGUAAGAAUCCUGAGAGAAAUUGUUUCCAAAACAGGUCCUAUUAGUCUGACUGUUGCCAAAUGUUGGGACCCUUCUCCGAGAAGCUACUUUACCAUCCCUCGUGCUGAGCCGGUCAGACCCAUUGACCCUGCUGCCUGGAUUUCACACACCACUGCCCUAACAGGACCCUACCCUCACUAUGGUAACAACAGCACCCUCAUUCCGUUAUACCGUAGGAUGGCAAUGUUUAACUGUAGUUGGUCAUUUCAAUUAAUUUUGGAUUUUUUGCUAUUUGCAGAGUUCGACGAUUUGCCUCUAUCAACAAGCAAAACCGAUAUGGCGACCAUUGUCAAGAUAAUGCAGUUGCCAGACUCUGGCCUGGAGAUUCGUGACAGAAUGUGGUUGAAGAUCACUAUUUCCAAUGCUGUUAUUGGCGCUGACGUGGUAGACUGGCUCUAUUCUCGAGUAGAGGGCUUCAAAGACCGACGAGAUGCCAGGAAGUAUGCGAGUAGUCUGCUGAAACAUGGCUACCUGAGACACACUGUCAACAAGAUCACCUUCUCUGAACAAUGCUACUACACCUUCGGGGACCUCUGCCAAAACAUGGCGUCGCUCAAUUUAAAUGAGGGCUCCAAUGGAGGCGGCUCCGAGCAGGAGGCGUUGGCACCGCUUCCUCCUGCCACCAACCCCUGGCCAAUGGGUGGGCAGCCUUUCCCCUACCCUCCCUUCCCAUCUGCACCCCCCAGCUUCCCGCCUGGAUACUCGGACCCAUGCCACAGUGGGAGUGCAGGCAGCCAGCACAGUGAGGGGAGCCGCAGCAGUGGAUCCCACCCCAGUGCAAACAAAGGUAGGCGCUCGUCCCCGCAGGAGAAGUCGCACAAGGCAACAUGUGGGGAGUCCGAGCCAGGCGUCCGUGGAGGGAGGCGUGACGACCGGUGCGCCAGUCAAAUGAGCCAUCACAGUCGCGCCCGAUCCAGUUUGAGUCAUGGUCCCUCGCACAAGAACCAGUACUCCUUCACCCACAGCCAUGCCCCCUUCUCCCCGCCUGGACCAGGCUCCUGCGCCCACAGUGAGCAAAGCCACGCCUCCUCCUACGGCCCUCCGGGGUUGCCGCCGCCGUAUUGUCUUGCCCGACUGGCCCCGAAAGCCUCGGUCAGCAGCAGCGGCACGCCACCAGGAGCUCCCCCCGGGAGGGAGUUAGCCGCCAUUCCCCCUGAGCUCACGGGCAGCCGCCAGUCCUUCCAGCACGCCAUGGGCAAUCCCUGUGAGUUUUUUGUGGACAUCAUGUGACAGGACAGUGCCUUCUAAAACACUACAGCUCCAUUUGUUAUUUAACAACUCCACUACUACUGUGUCGCAAAGGAUUAUGGGAAGGAAGAGCACAAUUGUGUGGCUGGAUGCAUGUUCAGUGUACAGUUUAAGUGAUUCCGGAAAGAUCACUCCAUCGUGGAUGUGUGUUCCUCUGCAAGACCUUGGCCUGGAUCUCAAUCCCCAGACCGUCACCCUCAUGUCGCACUUAUUGUUUUUUAUGUUUUCUAUUUUUGGGAGCUGAUGGGAAAAAAAAAAACGACACGCCGUCCCCAACUUGUGACUGUAGCAUAGCCACUGAGUUUUAGAAGCUCUAACCUGCCAACAAGCUACCUCCGACAGGGUAGCGAUCGGCACGUAUCUUCUUCAUCUCCCAAAGGGUGGUGGGGCGGCUUAACGCAUGACUUUCUUAAAGAAAGUUUCACAUUUUGUUCAAAGUUUUAUACCUUUAUUUGGGGCCGGAGGCUGCCUCCUGCCAAAAAAGAACCAUUCGUACACUGGAAGAUGUUUGUGUUAUUUAUGUGAUUGCUUUGCAUUGCUAGUGCCAUAUGUCAUCAGUAUGGCUGACUGACAAUCAGACAUCCGUCAAUCAGUGGCCAGCGUUCACAAUUGUUGCUGUGUUCUGUCGAAUGUACCGUCAUCCCCGUCACGUUCACUGUCAACGUCUUUAAAUCUGAUUGCAAACAGCGGACAUCUCCUACAGAGGUUGUUUUAGUUGGUGUCCUCAAUCAACAGGCAGUCCCUCCAGGAAUUUGCGAUGAUCGUGCCAAUUCAUUUGGCAAUUAGGUCAGUUUUUUGCCAAGAUAAUUCACAUCACAACACAAUUGUUGUCCUGCCCUUCCUCUUCCUGUCUCGGGCACGAAGAACUGGCAUCCUCACAUUCUAGUUUAUAUGUAUUUAAAUAUGUAUUUAAACAGGGUAAUAUGACUAAGAACCGAUUUCAAUUUGCAAUUCUGACCUUGCUCCGUUUACAUUAAAGCCAGAUAAGGUUAUCCAGGGUAGAUCACACCUAACUUUAUCCGUGUCCACACACAAUGCCAACGUUUAAGACGCCCUCCCCCUCCCUCUGCUGGUGCAACGCGACCUAGUACGCAUGUGUGAGGAAAAAAAAUUUGUUGUGUCAUUUAGAAGUGUAUAGAAAAUGUCUGCUCUUAUUGUGAAGAAUAAUUAUUUUUGUGGUCUGACGACGAGGUGGAAUUACUCUUAAAAGUGACUCAAGACUAUAAAACCUCCAUGGCGGCGAGGAAUGCUGAUUGGUGGUCCUCGCCAUCGAAAUACGGGCACAUUCUGUCGCGGUUUUUGGUGUGCUACCCACCAAAAGGAGGACAUAAAUAAAGGUAUGUUUUUGUUAGUUUAUUCUGUCUUAAUUUGACCACAUUUCCCGUCUGGGUGCGGUCUUUUAUGGCGUCACUUCCUAUCCGAAGUCGCUUUGUAAACCAUCAAUGAGUCCAUACAAAGCUAAGUGCCGGAGAUUCAAGAAUUACACGGCCGACUUACCCGUGUAAAAAUUUGUCCGAGGAGGGGGACCUUAAACGCUGGUUUAGUGUGGCUGAAACGGGGCUUGGGCUAAAUAAUUUUUCUUUUAAGGGGUUAAACAUGGCCUUGUGAAGCUAAUCUCGCCUCAUCUCUCAUUGACUGACACAAAUUAGCGCUAGAAAUGUCUCUCAGCAAUUCACAAAUGCUCCUAACAUACAUCUGUGAAUGUGUGGGUACAUAAAUGAAUGUUUUGAAUGGACAAAUGGUUUUCCAGCAAAAAAACACACAGACAAUUUCUGCAACUUAACUUGUUGACAGUGAUGUUUAUUUCUGUAAUUGUAAUAAUGAAAUAUAACAGUACAGUAAUUUGACAACGAGCGGUGUUUGUUUUCCAAAUUGUGUUGAAAUCCUGUGAUUUUUGAGGUUAAGGUUUCAAGUAACAACAUUCAUAAUAAAUUCAAUAAAAUCACAAGUUAAAUAACUUUUAUUGGGGAAAAAAAAUAAGCCUCAAACUUGUGAAAAAUAUGCCGCCAAUCAAAGUUUAGGCUGUGUCAAUCACACACAAGCCUGCACAAUUUUGGCGGGACUGAUCAGGGCUGUGUGAUAUGAGCAGCUGUGUAUUUAUUUGAUCUUCUCAACGUUGAUGUUGCUUUCGCAAACAAAGUUGAUAUUUCUCGAUUUUUGGGGGGAUUAGCAAAAAUUUUAAUUUUGAAGAAAAUACUUUCAAUGAUCGGUAUUUUUAGUCACCGUUCAUUCCCUUCACUGGUCAUUAAGUGACUCAUAAGGUUUUGUAGUUUCGCUGUGGCAAAUGUGGACAAACUGUCACACAGCCCUACUGAGUGACUGACUUUUUGCAAUGUGAUGUUAUCAAGAGGGAGCCGUCUGAAGUACAGUACAUGUCAGUACUGUAGAUAUUGGCUGUACCAAAUUAAUGACAAAACAAGAGGCCAACAAGUUUAAUGAGCACUUUGCAAGUUGUAGUCUGAAACACUGUUUGCAGUCAUAACGUUCUCUUUAAUUGUCUUUCUUUACAAAAGAAAAGUUGAUUGUACAUACAAAUUUAUUAUAAAUGAUUAAAAAUCUAUAUGUUGGAA